AUGUCAUCUACCGAAGACGCAUCAAAAUAUGCUCGGGAUCAAGUUCAAUGGUUACUUGAAAAUCAAUGUCGAAUACCAAUACGUUCAAUAACACCAAUUAGUUUCUAUUAUAAAACAUCGGAUACGUUACUUGAUGAAGCUGAUUUUUAUUAUAGAAAUAGUCAAUUAGAACAAAGUUUUAUUCUCUAUUCAAGAUAUAUUACGUUAUUUGUAGAAGAACUUAAAUUACAUCAUCCAGGUUAUGCGACAGUAUCAGUCAAUGACCGUGAACAUGUUAAAGAAAUUAUUCGAUCAAAAGCUUUUCCUCGCGCAGAAGAACUUAAAGAAAAAUUAAAAGAAAAAUAUUCACGUGAAUAUGAAUCAAAACAAAAGGCAAUACAAGAAGAAGAAGUAGCUAAAAUUGCCGCUGUACCAUUGGGUAAACCAGCCACUAAUUUUCAUAAUGAAAAUGAACAAACACUUGAACAACUUAAAACUACUUAUGCGCCAAUGCCACCAGCACAUGUUGCUUUAUUUGCUAUACCACCAACGGAUAGUGUCCUGCCACUAAGUAAUAAAGAACCUGCCAAGCCUGCUUUUGAUCGUUCACGAAAACCAAUGAUGAACUUCGGAAAUUCUUCUAUGACAACACUCCGUCGCAUUUCUAUUCCAUGUGAUAUUACAGCAAAAUUUCUUCAAGCUGCCCAGCGAAACACAGACCGAAAAAUUGAAACAUGUGGUAUUCUCGCAGGCAGCAAGAGAGAUAAUAAUUAUAUGAUAACACAUAUUGUUGUACCAAAACAAAAUGGUGGACCAGAUUCAUGCGAUACAGAAAAAGAAGAAGAAAUGGUUGAAUAUGUUGCUAAUAAUAAUUUAAUCACACUUGGCUGGAUUCAUACACAUCCAACACAAACUGUAUUUUUAUCAAGUGUUGAUCUUCACACACAUUUACCUUAUCAAAUGUUAAUGCAAGAAGCAGUAGCUAUUGUUAUAAGUCCUAAAUACAACGAGACUGCAAUAUUUUCGCUAACACCAGAUACAGGUAUUCCCAUUAUAUCAACAUGUAAAAAGACAGGUUUUCAUGAACAUAUCAAUAAUCCGCCUCUAUUUUUGCCUUCGACGCACACAAGUUAUGAUCCUGGUCUACUAUGCCACAUUGUUGAUCUUCGAAAUAAUUGA